GCCGCGACGCCUGCCCCGAUCACAACCGCACAUUAACUCGCCAUCCGCACGAAUCCGGAUGCGCGGACGGACGGCCGAGAUCAGCUCCCGGCCACCCCGCACUUGUUUGGCGGUUUCUACGCGCACCCCCCCACUUUCCCCUUUGCCCUCGCGGCAUUAGAAAAGAUCUCCUCGUAAGCGUGACCGAGGGGGUUUGUGCGAAUUCCGACGCGCUCGCCACCGCGGCCUCUUCUCUUUUCUUCUCUUCUCUUCUCUUCUCUUUCCCCUCCCAUCCCUGCAGUGUUUGUGUUUCUCUUUUUUUCUUUUCUUUUUUGUUUUACGUUUCGGCACGCGCUUUUCCGGAUAUUUACAAGUCGGUCCCUCGAAAUUUUGCGGAGUUUUCGAUAACACCCCCCCGCCCCCUCCCCCCACGGUUGCAACCCCCUCGAAGAAUCCGAGCGAUUCCGCCCCGCCCCACUUCGUUAGGGUUUCUCCCCUGUUUGUGUGAUGAGUUUCUCCUCCCUCCGUCCAUGGCGUCGUCUCCUCUCCUCAUCCUCAUCCUCAUCCUCGUCUAUGUCUUCGCCGUCUUCGUUGUUUUCGAUGGCGCAAACCCUAACCCUAGGUUCGCGUCCGCGUCCGGCUCCGAGGACGGGGCGUUCUCGAUCCUGAACUACGAGUCGCUGUGGCACGACUACUCCCCGCCGGCGCCGCCGCCGCCCCCGGCGGAGCCGGACCGGCCGUCGGCGUCCUGCGAGGACGACAUCGGCGGCGCCGGCGACUUCGACACCCGAUGCGAGAUCCUCCACAGCGUCGAGCUCUCCGGCAAUGUCUACAUCAAGGGGAGCGGCAGUUUCGUGCUACUCGCCGGCGUCGUCCUCAGCUGCCCCAUCGCCGGGUGCGAGAUCGUCGCCAACCUCUCCGGCGAGGUGCGGCUCGAGCGCUCCGCCGCGAUCGUGGCUGGCAGGGUUUUUCUCGCGGCGACGAACAUCACCCUCGGGAACGGGACGCUGAUCAACACGAAGGGGCUGGGCGGGGACCCGCCGCCCCGGACUAGUGGGGUUCCCACAGGGACGCACGGCGACGGUGGGGGCCAUGGGGGUCGGGGGGCGAGCUGCUUCGUGAGGGACGGGCAGACGCAGGAGGACUCGUGGGGCGGGGAUGCGUACGCAUGGUCGUCGCUGCAGGAGCCCGACAGUUACGGAAGCAAAGGCGGAUCGACAAGCGUGGAGAAGGAUUACAGUGGAGGCGGGGGCGGGCGGAUCUGGCUGGAAGUGAAGGAAUUGCUGGUGGCGGAAGGGGAGGUGAUUGCAGAUGGGGGUGAUGGUGGCGACAAGGGUGGCGGAGGGGCUGGCGGGAGCAUCUAUAUUCUGGCCUCCAGCAUGAAGGGAAGUGGUAAUAUAAGUGCUUCUGGAGGCAAUGGUUUGGCGGGAGGAGGAGGAGGUCGCGUUGCUAUAAAUGUGUUUGGCAGGCAUGAUGAAGCACAAACUUUUGUUCAUGGUGGAAAGAGCUUUGGCUGUCCAGAGAAUGCUGGAGCUGCAGGGACUCUUUAUGAUGCAGUCCCUAAGAGUCUUAUUGUUAGCAAUCACAACUUGACUACACAGACUGAUACUCUUCUUUUAGAAUUUCCUAACCAGCCACUUUGGACAAAUGUUUUUGUUAGAAAUUGUGCCAAAGUUGCUGUUCCCUUACUCUGGAGUCGUGUACAGGUUCAAGGACAGCUUAGCCUUUUAUCUGGUGGUAUUCUAACGUUUGGUCUAAGUCACUACCCAUACUCGGAGUUCGAACUUAUGGCUGAAGAACUUCUAAUGAGUGACUCAACAAUCAAGGUAUAUGGUGCUUUGCGUAUGUCUGUAAAGAUGUUCUUGAUGUGGAAUUCGAAAAUUUAUAUUAACGGAGGUGGAGAUACAAUAGUUGGAACAUCCUUACUUGAGGCAAGCAACUUAGUUGUUUUGAAGGAAUCAUCAGUGAUACACUCUAAUGCCAAUCUUGGAGUCCAUGGGCAAGGUCUGCUCAAUUUAUCUGGACCUGGCGAUAUGAUUGAAGCACAACGUCUGAUCUUGUCGCUAUUCUACAGUAUAAAUGUUGGUCCUGGAUCUGUUUUACGUGGUCCAUUAAUAAAUGCAACUAGUGAUGAGAUGGCUCCAAAGCUCAAUUGUGAAGAAGAAGACUGCCCUAUGGAAUUGAUUCAUCCUCCUGAAGAUUGCAAUGUGAAUUCCUCGCUCUCUUUCACGCUACAGAUCUGUCGGGUUGAAGAUAUUGAUGUCGCAGGGCUUAUUGAGGGAACAGUUGUUCAUUUUCACAGAGCUAGAAGUGUUACUGUUCAUUCUUCUGGAACAAUUAGUACCACUGGAUUGGGCUGCAAAGGUGGGAUUGGAAGAGGAAGCAUGCUAAGCAGUGGCCUUGGUGGCGGUGGGGGCCACGGUGGCAAAGGUGGUGAUGGGUUCUUCAAUGGAAGCCGCGUUGAGGGUGGCCUCACAUAUGGUAAUCCGGACUUACCCUGUGAGCUUGGUAGCGGUAGUGGUAAUGACAGCAUAAACACUUCAACAGCUGGAGGCGGCAUAAUAGUGAUGGGUUCAUGGGAGCAUUCAUUGUCCAGUUUGUCAAUCUUUGGUUCGGUCGAGGCAAAUGGGGAGAGUUUCAGCAGUGCUGUUGCUAAUAUCUCGAGUGGAGGCCCUGGUGGUGGUUCUGGGGGCACCAUUCUUUUGUUUUUGCGUACUUUAACUCUUGGUGAAGCCUCAGUCCUUUCAAGUGGCGGUGGCCUUGGCAGCCAUGGCGGUGGUGGUGGUGGAGGUGGAACGAUUCACUUACAUUGGUCGGACAUUCCUACAGGAGAUGAAUAUCUUCCAAUUGCAACUGUGAAAGGAACCAUUAACUCAAGGGGAGGCAUUAGCAGGGGUAAAGGCUUUGCUGGAGAAAAUGGGACAGUCACAGCCAAAGCUUGCCCAAAAGGUCUUUAUGGAUUAUUUUGCGAGGAAUGCCCUUUGGGUACUUUCAAGAAUGUCACUGGAUCUGAUAGAGCUCUUUGUUAUCAGUGUCCCCCUAGUGAGCUCCCUCAUCGUGCUGUGUACAUAACAGUUCGAGGAGGUGUUGCUGAAACCCCAUGUCCAUACAAAUGCGUGUCCGAUAGAUAUCACAUGCCACACUGCUAUACUGCUCUGGAAGAGUUAAUAUAUACUUUUGGUGGACCAUGGCUUUUUGGCCUCCUGCUUUCUGGUCUUCUUGUGUUAUUAGCCCUGGUUCUAAGCGUUGCACGGAUGAAAUUCGUUGGUACUGAUGAAUUACCAGGGCCAGCACCAACUCAACAUGGGUCCCAAAUUGACCAUUCCUUUCCCUUUCUAGAAUCGCUGAAUGAGGUCUUGGAGACAAAUAGAGCUGAAGAGUCCCAGAGCCAUGUUCACAGAAUGUAUUUCAUGGGUCCAAACACCUUCAGUGAACCUUGGCAUCUUCCACACACUCCACCUGAACAAAUUACAGAAAUUGUAUAUGAGGAUGCUUUUAAUAGAUUUGUCGAGGAGAUAAAUGCCCUAGCGGCUUAUCAAUGGUGGGAAGGAUCAAUCUAUAGCAUUCUUUGUAUACUUGCGUACCCACUUGCGUGGUCCUGGCAACAGUGGCGCAGGAGAAAGAAGCUGCAGCGCCUACGUGAAUUUGUUAGAUCAGAGUAUGAUCAUUCAUGCUUACGUUCUUGCCGUUCGCGUGCUCUUUAUGAAGGGCUCAAGGUGGCUGCAACUCCCGAUCUAAUGCUAGGAUAUGUAGACUUCUUUCUUGGCGGAGAUGAAAAAAGGCCAGACCUUCCUCCCCGUCUUCAUCAAAGAUUUCCCAUGUGCUUAAUCUUUGGAGGUGAUGGAAGUUACAUGGCGCCUUUUUCGCUCCACAGUGACAAUGUGCUCACUAGCCUCAUGAGCCAGGCUGUACCACCAACAAUAUGGUAUCGUCUUGUUGCUGGACUCAAUGCCCAGCUGCGUUUGGUUCGUCGUGGACACCUUAGAACUACACUAGUGCCUAUCCUUAAGUGGCUUGAGACUCAUGCAAAUCCUGCUUUGACCUUGCAUGGUGUAUCUGUUGACCUAGCCUGGUUUCAAGCUACAACGUUAGGCUAUUGCCAACUUGGUCUUGUUGUAUGUGCUUUGGAAGGAGAAACUGAGGCUGCAGCAGUUGAUGGUGGUACUGGAACCCCGCUGCUUGACAGAACUGCCCGAGUGCAUAACACCCAAGGAGAGAUUCAAUCAGGCCACUUGAGACACAGGGAUUCUGUUAUGCGGAAGAGGAUUAAUGGAGGGAUUCUAGAUAGCUACAGCCUGAAAAUGCUCGAAGACAAGAAAGAUUUCCUCUACCCCUUCUCUCUUAUAGUGCAUAACACUAAGCCAGUUGGCCAUCAGGAUCUUGUUGGUCUGGUCAUUUCGAUAUUGCUGUUUGCAGAUUUUAGCUUGGUGUUGCUUACGUUACUCCAGCUUUAUUCGUUCUCUAUGGCCGACAUCUUCUUAGUUCUGUUUGUUCUUCCUAUGGGUAUCCUCUCUCCAUUUCCUGCUGGAAUAAAUGCACUUUUUAGUCAUGGACCUCGGCGAUCAGCAGGCCUUGCUCGUGUCUAUGCCCUCUGGAACAUCACCUCGUUGGUCAAUGUUGUUGUGGCUUUUAUAUGCGGGUUUGUACAUUACAAGUCAUCAAGCCAAAAACAUUCGAGCCUACAACCAUGGAGUUUGGCAACGGAUGAGAGCGGUUGGUGGCUGUUCCCUACUGUACUUGUAUUGUGUAAAUGCAUCCAAGCGAGACUCGUCGAUUGGCAUGUUGCAAAUUUAGAGAUCCAGGAUCGUUCCUUGUAUAGCAAUAACCCGAAUAUAUUCUGGCAAACCUAACACAAUAUCGAGUGAUUGGUUAGUGCUUUUGGAGUUAGACGAACUCGACUUUUUUUAUUUUAUUUUGGGAGUUGAAAAGGAGAAAAGGGGGAAUUGCGGGCCUUUCUUUAUGCACAAGGCCCAAUUAGCAUUCAUCGUGCGGACUUUGACGCCCCCUCGUUAAUCUCCGUGCAGUCACAGCUUUUGCUUUGGUGUAUAUACAUAAUGGUUUCUUGAUCCAUUCUUUGUAGAAUUUAGUGCGUAUAGCAUCAUCAUACAUUAUACUUUGUCUAAUGAGCAGCGUAGGAAUUUUGGUUGUUGUAUCUUUUGGUUGUUCUAAAUGUUAUGUAGCCGGCUAAGGCGUGGAAAUGUAGAUACUCUUGUGCCAUUAAUCCUAACUUAAUAAGAGCACCAGCAAAACUCUAUGAUA